GGAUUCCCGCUGCCCAGGCCCACCAGCAGCCACUGGAAGCCCGCACACUCACGUGAUUUCACGAAGAAGAAGAGAAAGGUCGUGUGGGAGGGAGUCUUUAUAAAGCGCCAAGCGCCGCGAGAUCUCGGCUGCCCCGCCCCAAGGGCCUAUAAAGCAGCCUGUGAUUGGCUCCGCGGGGCCCUGCCCCCCCCCCCCCCGCCGAGCUCUGCGUGCGCCUGCGUGUCGGCGGCCCCGGAAUCUGCGCGACUGGGGCGCUGCUAUUAAGGGCCUGCGGCGCCACGAUCUCCUUCUCUCCGGCUACAGGACACGUGGAUGCUUAGUCUGAGGCCGACGCCGCCAGGACUGCGGCGGGGAGAGGGGCUCUCUUCUCAUCUUCCAAUAAAGAUGUUGAUCUAAUUCAUCCGUGUGUGGGUGUUCUUAGAUCCUCUGACUAUCAGCCUGGAAAAUGCAUCAGCUGACGCUGGGACCGAGGUGUGCUGUGGAGGAGAGACCUUUGUGGGACACCUCUUCCCGGCCAGCUCAACUCUACUUUGGAUGCCAUGCAAGGGUAAAAUCCGGUCUUGGAGGUUGACAGGUGACUCCUAAGAUCCCACCCUCACAAAAGCGGCAGAGCCAGGUUUGAAACCAUAGUUUUGCUCACACCCCAUAUUUUCCACAUCAGCACGUAAAGUACCUUGCGUUUGACGUGAGUCAGGCUGGAUCAACAAAUCACUAACAAGGGUGGGAGUGUAACACUUACAGCUCAGAGGCUUGCAGUGGCUCCCUAUUGCUCUCAGGACGACAGCGUUAGGGCCUAUAGUAUUUGAUGAGUUCUACACUCAGUGGCAUUGAAACUGCAGUUCUCUGUUCUGUGCCUCACACAUGGAAAUAUGCUGGUUUCCCCAUGCCUUUCCUCCACAGGCCGACCCACGUACUCAGAGCCUACCUGCUUGGGGAGGCUCUCCCACAUGCUAGACUUCUGCUUCAGUACCACGGAAAUCUGGUCCUCACUCCUGGUCUGUACCCUGGAGCUAGCUCCAUUGUUCUUUGGUCCUAAGAGACCUGGUGAUGGAUUAAUGUCUAAAGCCCCCCAAGCUCUUGGAGAUCUGGCCACCUGGGCAGUCUAUUUGAGGAAGGAGAAACAGUCCCUGUGUUCCUACUGGAGCCUCAGCUUUGGGGAAAUAGCCCCUGGAAGCUUGGUUCCAGCCUUAGUGCUAUUUGAAGAUCAGCUAUCAGCCCCCUGAAGGCAGGGGCCCCAAAGAGCUGUCCUGGGUCUGGACUGCCCUACCCCUGUGACUCUUGAGGGGGAGCAAGAGCCAGCUGGUGCCCUGGGCCAGGACUGUGAUUGGCCUGAGCUGGACAAUGCCACUGUGAUGUCGCCCUGCUCCUGCUAUGAAAUGGAGGCUCCUGAGCCCCAGCAGUCAGUGGAGUUGCCGUCCAGACACAGAUCAUGGUGAGCUCUUAGAUUUGUACCUAACUCCAGAGACCUGCCCAGAACUGGAGCCGAUUCCUCACUGAGAUUAUGUGCACAGUGGGGUACGGGUUCCCAAUGGGACAAGGAAACCUUUCAGAGGGCUCUAGCCAAGUCAACUGAAGACCAAGGCCAGCUUCUACAGCUGGGGGUCGGUAGUCAUGGGGGGUCUUGAUCCUCACCACUGCCUCCUCAAAGUGGGUGCUGACCCAACCCUCCACUUGGGGCUCUCAUGUGACCCACCUCCCAUUCAAAGUUUCCUGGGGUCCCUCUCUGGGCACAUGGGGCAGAGAGCCAGAUCCUGGUCCCAGCCAGGCCCUGAUGUUGGCCUGGCCUUUGCAGAGCGGCGGGUAUGAUCUCAACCUCUUCGCCAGCCCUCCUGACUGCAACUUCCUGUGCUCUGUCUGCCAUGGAGUUCUUAAGAGGCCGGUGAGGUUGCCAUGCAGCCACAUCUUCUGCAAGAAGUGCAUCCUCCGGUGGCUAGCCAGACAAAAGACCUGUCCGUGCUGCAGGAAAGAGGUGAAACAGAAAAGGAUGGUCCAUGUGAAUAAACUCCGGAAGAUCAUUGGCCGCCUGGAAGUCAAGUGCAAGAACGCCGAAGCUGGCUGCCUGGUGACGUGCCCCCUGGCCCAUCGGAAGGGGCAUGAGGACUCAUGCCCUUUCGAGUUGAUGGCCUGCCCCAAUGAGGGUUGCAUGUCGCGAGUGCCUCGUGGGGCCCUGGCUGAGCACCAGCAGAAUUGCCAGCACGGUGCCCAUCAGCGCUUCCCCCUGGGCUGUGGGGCCACCCUGGGCCCAGCCGAACGCGCAAACCACAACUGCUACCGUGAACUGCGCGAGGCCUGGUGCCAGCACCAGGAGCGCAGCCGGACCCUGGUGGUGUGCCUGCUGCGGUGCAUGCGCAAGGUGCACCGGUCCACCAACUUCAUCCGCCGGCAGCUGGCCCAGCUCGGAGACCUCCUGGAGGAAGAUGACGCCCUGCUCGUGGGCGCCUCGCAAGAGGAGGCUGAGGCCACCCCAGGAGGCAGCAUUGGGGUUGAGGUGUGGGGGGCCCAGGGUCAAGCUACCUUGUAGAGGGGUAAAUAAACGCGGAGCCCAGGA